AUGAUAAGAGCUGCUGUGGCCAAGAUCAAAAGGCGCCUAUUGCAGCAGAAGCCCCAGCUUGAUAUCGACAAGUUUUCAGUUGUCACAGAGGGAAAGGCUUCUAUACUUUUCCCAGAGAAAGAAACGGUUUUCUACAACCCAAUCCAGCAGUUUAACAGAGAUUUGAGUGUAACAUGCAUUGAAGCAUGGGACAAUUUGUAUGGUCAACCACAGCGAUCAAAGCGAGGUAAGAGCAAGAAAAGAGCAUUUGACGGAGGAAAAUUGGGCACUAAGAGAAGAAAACUUGCAGAUGGAACCCCAGAACCGCAGGAUAAUGAUGCUUAUAUCAAUAUUCUGGAGGCUCUGUCUGCGACAGGGCUGCGUGCUAUUCGGUAUGCGCGCGAAAUUCCAAACGUUAAGCAAAUUGUCGCCAACGACCUGCUUCCGCAGGCCGUUGACUCAAUCAGGCGAAACAUAGAGUACAAUGGGGUAGCUGACAAGGUUACAGCUAACCAGGACGACGCGAAUGUCUUUAUGUACAAAAGCAAAGCCGUCAACAGACGUUUCCAUGUCAUAGAUCUUGACCCGUACGGCACCGCCACUCCGUUUAUCGAUGCCAGCAUGCAAACCAUCGAAGAAGACGGGCUGAUGCUCGUGACUUGUACCGAUUUAUCCGUUCUUGCAGGAAACGGGUACCCUGAAAAGUGUUUUGCGCUAUACGGCGGCGUCAACAUGGCAGGCCACGACGCUACGCACGAAAGCGCGCUGCGGUUGGUCUUGAAUCUGCUGGGCCAGUCUGCUGCGAAAUACAAGAAACAUAUCGAGCCACUAUUAUCGUUGAGCAUCGAUUUUUACGUGCGCGUGUUCGUCAAAGUCAAGACAAGCCCCGCGGAGGUCAAGAACUUGCAGCACAAUACCAUGCUCACCUACAUGUGUUCUGGGUGCGGGUCGUACUAUAACCAACCUUUGGGACGCCAGAGCGAGCGCCAGUCCAAAAAGGGUAAGCCCUACGUCAAGUACUCGUUGGCGCAAGGUCCACCGGUAGACCGGCGAUGCCAUUUCUGCGGUGGUGCGCACCAUGUUACUGGGCCCAUGUACGCUGGGCCUCUGCACAACAAGGCUUUUAUAGACGAGGUUUUGAGAAUCAAUAGAGACGUCCACACUGACGAGACUUACAAGACGCGCAAGAGAAUUGAGGGAAUGCUGACGUUGGCCCAACAUGAGCUCGACAAUCCGUUUUAUUUCACGCCAAACAGAGUCUCGUCGAUUCUCAAGUUCCAAGUACCGAGUUUGAAGACGGUGGUGGCUGGUUUGGGUUCAUUGGGCUAUAGUUGCUCUCUGACGCACGCACAACCUUCAUCGCUCAAGACCGAUGCACCUUGGGACGCUAUUUGGUACGUCAUGAAGCGUUACUGUCUGGACAACAACCUGUGCAACGUCGAGAAACUGAACAAGAACAGCUACGGCUACAAAAUUCUAACCAACGAAUCUAUUUCUAAUGGCAAAGGGUCCGAUACGUUGUCUUUUGAUCCUAACGACCAAAGCGGCCGUGUUGAGUCGCUCAGAAAGCUUAAAAUCGUUAGAUAUCAAGAAAAUCCUACAGAGAACUGGGGCCCAAAGGCCCGUCCUCACUAG